AUGUUUAAAAGCAAAAUAGCCCUUGGAAACAAAAACUUCCUCGGAAACAAGGACAGGAAAAAACUAGCCGUGACCAUCAAGAGCACUUUCAACCUGGACAGCGACGAACAGGUGGAGGAAAUUUUGGACAAGGAAAACACAUGCAUCUGCAAAGUCCAGAAAACAAAAAUAACAAUCUACCUCUCCAAGAACAUCCCAGUUCUCUUCACCAUCAAAAAUGACAUCUUCCCAACAGUGUACACAUUAUGGAAGUAUCCACACAUGAUCCCCUGCUUCGUCAUAUACCCACCUGCCUCGGAAUUUCUGAUGAAGGGAGCGGAUUUGAUGAUCCCAGGAAUAUGCAAAGAAGUAGACAAUGUAGAAGGACUAAAGGUUGGAAGUGUAUGGGGCGUUCGUGUGUUUAAUAACCCGCACCUUUUUGCAGUUGGGCAGUGUUCAGUGGACUAUGACAGUAACAACUACUUUUAUGAUUUAAAAGGGAAGUGCUUAAAAGUCGUGCACAUUUUUAAUGAUGAGCUGUGGAAGCUGGGGUCGCAAACUGUUCCUCACAGCAGCUUCCAGGCGAAGAUUAUCGACUCGGUGGAGAAUGUUGUGGACAACUUUGACGAGUUUAAGGUGUACGAUGAGAAUAAGGGGAUGAAGAAGAAGAAGGCGCCUGCAGGGGGCCAGCAGAGGGGUGCGAAGGAAAAGCUGGGCAGCGAUAGAAACGGUGGUAGUGAUGCCCACCUUGCUGACAACCCCCAGGAUGACAAAUCUCAUGAUGACAACUCCCAGCAUGACAGCCUCCCCGAUGAAAGCCCCUGCGAUGAUGACCGCUACCGAGCCUUCACGGACGACGAAAGCGAGCAGGAGAAGUCAAAUGGUGAGGGUGGCCCCAGCGGACAGAACGAACCCAAGCCCAAAAGCACGACGAGCGAAAAAAGCCUAGACAAUUUUUACAAACAUUUUGCAGUGAUACUGGCCCAAAGGAGCCACACAAAGAUAGACGCACAUCCUACCGGCAGUAAAAAUGCCAAGGAAGGAAAAAAACAACCCGUGACGGAAACCCAAUUUAAGGAACAGGAUCUCCCAAGUGAAACGAAAAAAGACUGCACAGUGGGUAUGGACUCUAUGGAGGAGAGUUCCCAUCAGGUAGAUGCCCCUCAGGAGGACAAAACAAGUGAUCAGAAGAAGCACUGCUUCGAUGGUAACCCUGUAACUGACCAGGGGAAGAGAGGCCAAAUAAACAAAGCGGUGGAAAAUAGGACCCACAGAGACACAGACCUAAUGAACGAGUGGGACGAAUUCUCAGGGGAAGAAAAUGCGCAAAAUGGGGAGGAUGACAAUAAAAGAGUUUCAAUAGAAAAGACUCAAAAGAGAAGCGAAUCCAAAGAGGCCAGAUAUGACGACCAGCGAACGGUAAGCGAAGCCUCCUUUGUACAGGAAUCCAAUGCGAAUAUGCCCCACGAAAGAAAUGAAAAGAACACAUUCGAACUGAACAGAGAACAGCAGGAUGCACUACUGAUGUACCUCUUCCUCGAAGUAGCUCAAUCACUUAGUGAUGACAACCUCCCGUUGGAAGUUUCUGGAGUCUACAGUAGGAUGACCAGGGAGUUUUCCUACAUUCACAGGAAUGAAUCCUUCCUGGGAGAGCUACAAAAACUGGGGAUUCCAACCAGCAUUACAGACAAAAUAAAAGCAAAAGAAGUGAACCUAGAAUUGGAUGUUAAAAAAUCGACGUACAAAAAAAUCAGCAAAUUUAUUCAGCACUGCUCCAAGUUAAAGCUUAUUAAGAUAAAAGAAAACAGAAAUGUCAUAUCCGUCGUGAAUAUACGAAAGAGCAGCUCCAUGAUCUCGUCUUAUAAGCCCAUGUCUUUGGAGGAAAAGAAACGGUACCAGUUGGAGGGCGGUCAAAAUGAUGCGGCAGCUGAAAAAAACGGAGCGCAAUGCAAUCCGAACAGUGCCCAUCAGAAAAAAAGUGUAGAGAAUGACACCACUAAUGACGCAACAGACGAAGCAACAAAUAAAGGUGCACAGGUACUCGAAUUUUACAUGCCAUCCUCCAAGGGGAUAAAUAUUUUCAAAUGUGUAGAUAGCAGAUCGGAAAGGAGUUCCUAUUACAACAUUAUGGAGUUAAAGGAUGUUCUAAAGUCCUAUGUACAGAAGCAGAAGUUAGUCAGUGGUAAGGAUCCCCAGCUGGUAAAACUAAACGAUGAUUUGAGAGCCAUUUUAAAUGUCCCAUGUGAGUCGUCCACCAUGUCGUACGAGUCUCUCCUGAGCCAGUUCAUCUCGACCCAACUUCCCUGCUAUGCCAUAAUCAAGCCGUAUGCUAAUUUCGAUAUAGACCCAAUUAAAGUCACAAAGGGCAAGUGCCCAUCCAUUCACAUCUACGCAGUCGCCAGGAUGAAAGGGAAAAAAUAUGUUACCCACAUUACAAAUUUGUUCCUCUUCCAUGUGGAUCUGAACAGAUUUACUGAACAUGUACAGAAACAGCUAGCUUGUUCUUGUUCCAUUGUCAUUUCAACCUCCACCAAAAAGGAGGAAGUCCUCGUCCAGGGCAAUGUUGUUAAUAUGAUUCACGAAAUUUUGAUUAAAAAUUAUAACAUCCCCAGGAAGUAUAUUGAGCUGAAUAGCAAAUAG